AAAAUUCAAUUAUUGUUGACAUUUCUGUGUGUUUUGCCAAUUUUAUUUGAUAAGCAAUAGCUUCCAGCUCUCUGAUAGCAUGUAAUUAUCGUUGUUGUUCAUGGCUAACCGCGAUGUAUUCUCCAAGAUCCUGCCAAAUGUCAAGUUGGGCACUCGCUACGAUGAGGAUGGACGUGAAGUUCAGGUGGAGCGUCGGGAGGAUUCGGACGCCACUGCCAAGGAGCAGGACACCUUUGACAUUCUGGUGGCAGCGGGCUACUAUCGUGCCCGCAUAAAGGGCUUGUCUGCCUUCGAUAAAGUUGUGGGCGGAAUGACUUGGUGCAUCGAGUGCUGCGACUACGACGUGGAUGUGGAUUUACUCUUCCACGAGAGCCUUUCCAUUGGGCAGAAGAUUGCUCUGGUAGAAAAGAUAGUCUCUGUGUUGAUUGACAUGAAGUGCCCACAUAGCCUGGAGCCCCAUCAAGUUCAGGGCCUGGAGUUCCUGGCCAUUCACCCAGUCAUCCAGUGGCUGGUCAGGACUUCGGUGGAGAACCGUGCUGAGCGUGGCCAGCGUCUGAAGAGAUUUGCCAUUGGUCAAUUCCACAAUCACUAUCAGUACAAAAGCGACAAGGACAAUCUCACUAAAAUACGCCUGGCAUCCACUCACAUCAAAGCGAUACAGGAGGUGUACGGUCCCAAGAGACUAUACGAGAGACAGGAAGCCCCCGGGGACGAUGAUGUGUCAAGAGUCCGUCUUACUCUGCUUGAGUACGGAGAUCCCGGGCCGAUGUUCAAGAGCAGCGCAGAGAGAAAGGCCGCUCAGGCUGCAGGAGAAGCUGAAGAGCUUGAUUUGGAGGAAUACCUGCGCAGUUUAUCCCUCGCUAAAGAAGACCUUACGGGCACCCAGAAGCGUAUUGAUCUCGAUCCAUCAGCGCGACAUGAGCUGCAACAGCACUAUGCUGAAUUCAAGCUGGAAAUGGAAACGGAUGCCCAAGAGCUGAAGGCUCAAAAUCAGCAGAAACGUCUGGAAGCGGCCAAAAUAGCCCUGGAGCACAAGGUGAAACGCUACUGCAAGGACAACGAACAGCUGAAGGAAGCGGAAAAGGAGCAAGACCAGAAGACCAAGGAAGUGGAGGAACAGUUGAAUACUCUCAACGCUGAGUUGAAGGCGCACAAGGACACGGCGGAUAAAGCAGAUCCAAAGCUGCUGGAUAAAGUUCAAAGCUUGCUACAGCAACAUGAAGAGCUGAAGAAGAGCGAGGCGGAGUUCAAGGAGUCCUGUCGCACGGAUUUGGCCAAUCUUCAGCAGCAAAUUGACGAUUUGGAGGCUUUCAGUGCUCAAGAUGCGGAAACCCAAGCCGCAGCCUUGGCUGGCGAAGAGCAGCGGCUCAAGGAGUUGCGCCUGCAGCUGGCCAAACGCAAUCGCGGCAUUGUGGCCAUCGAAAGAAAGUUGGACGCCAUUCCCGAUCGGACGGAACUUGCCCAAUAUCAGCGACGAUUCCAUGAACUGCACAACGAGAUGAGCGGCAAGCAUCUGGAGACCAAGCAAUAUUACAUCCUGUACAACACACUCAACGACAAGAAGCGCUACCUGGAGAAGGAGCUGACCCUCCUCAACUCCAUCUGCGAGGCCUACAACGAGGGCAUGAUGAGUCCGCACGGCCGCGAGGACUUUAUCCGCCAGUUCGAGUCCAUUGUGGACGGGGUGAAGAGCGCCCAGGACAAGGUGAGGCACAAGUACAAUGAGGAGCGGAUGCGGCGCGACGAGCUGAAUGAGGAGCUGCAGUCGCUGCUGGAGCUCCAGCGGCAAUACGCGCUGGCCGUCAAGCAGCUCACCCGCGAGUGCCAGCGCUGCGAGCAGCUGCAGCAGCAGCUCAGGUCAAUUAGGAGCAGGACCCAGUCCUAGGUAUCGGUUCAACUACUUUAAUUAACACGGAACACACUUAGCGAAUUCGUUCAAUAAAUUAAAUACACAUA